AUGGCUAACUCAUCUCUAGUUGUUCAAGAGGCUAAUAGUUUCCAGCAUAUUCUGCGUUUGCUGAACACCAAUGUUGAUGGUAGAAUCAAGAUCAUGUACGCUUUGACCACCAUUCGUGGUGUGGGUCGUCGAUACUCUAACUUGGUUUGUAAGAAAGCUGAUGUUGAUUUGAACAAGCGUGCUGGUGAGUUGACUCAAGAAGAAUUGGAGAGGGUCGUCACCAUUAUGCAAAACCCAACUCAGUAUAAGAUUCCUGCCUGGUUCCUCAACAGACAGAGAGACACUGUUGAUGGUAAGGACUAUCACACUCUUGCCAACAGUUUGGAGUCCAAAUACCGUGAUGAUAUUGAAAGAUUGAAGAAGAUCAGGGCUCAUAGAGGUAUCCGUCAUGCAUGGGGUCUUAAGGUCAGAGGCCAACAUACUAAGACUACUUCUCGAGGUAAGUUUAUUGGUAGAAACUAG